CAGGGACCGAGGCCAUGGCCUGGAGCCAUCUUCAGAUCUUCUCCACGUUCUCAAGGCGCAAGCAAAAGAAACAGACAAACCAAGAAAUCCACUCCAUCGAGACUCGAGUCGAUUCAAGAAGCCAAGCGGGCACCCAGAUGUGGCCACGAUAUGCCAUGAUAUCAACCUCUUGUGUGAUGGCUCGAGCAUUGCAAUUGGAGCCUGAGCUCAUUCCAUACCAGCGCAAGCACAGUACAUGGUACAAUAAUAUGUCCAGCUUACUUCGUACUUAUUUGCUCCUUCGAUCCUUCAGUCCUUCAGUCCCUCUUUUUGAGUUUUGUUCCUUGAGCCGCCGGCAUAAUCGUUCUCCUGCCAUUUCUCGUAUCCAAUUUUGGGACCGUUUUACAACUCACGUGGGCUCCGAGGGCUCAAAGUUGGGCUCAUUCAUGAAGUUAUUGUUUUCUACUUUGAAGUACGACUUGCAACCAUCCAAUGAUAAUGCAUCUGAUAGUAGUCUGACAACAGAUUGGGGUAACUCGCAGAUGAAGAACUGUACCUUGCGGCUGUAAUGUACUCCGUAGGACCAUGACUUUUUUGGUGUCUUUUGUUAGCCGCAACCCCUUUGGGACGAGAGUACUGGGAUGGGUGCAGAGGUCGCAUAGCAAGAAACACUCCAUCCACUCCUCACGGAGGCUGUGAACACCCUCAUCAAUCGAGUGGACUCGGGACUUGUACCAAGCCGGAGAAUCCGCCCGUCAGGCGAAGACUCCGCGCGAGACGAACAACCUUGCCCAUGAUGCCAAUGGAAAUGGGUCUGUCUUGAGCGCCGAGCAACUUUGCAGGCCAUUUAGGUUUUCGUAAGAGUGUGCUGGGCACGCAUCGUGAGCCGUGUUCACCAAAAUCUCCCGCAUGUUGCCUCUCUCAUUUGUUCUUUACUAAGCUAGUGAUGUGGAUCUGUUGGAGUUCAACACCGUAAGAACUGCCGUCUUCUCCUCUUUUCUCUUCACACCUCGCUGUCGCUUUCUCUCUUCUGUUCGAAUCUUUACGGGACCGUCUCUUAGUACAAUUCCUUGUGUCUCUGACACGUCCACUCGUUCAACUAUUAUGCAGUCAGAUUAAUAGGGAUUUACCAAGUUCUCGUCUUCCACGAUUCGCUUCGAAGGAUUCAUAAUUUCCACUGUCGGUUCGAAUAUUCUACUCGUAGGAAGACUUUUGAUAUUCGUUCCGUCAGCAAACGCCAUUUCAUCUUACUAGGAUUUAUCCGAAAAUCGAAACACCCUCGUAUUGUGCAUCCCGAUCAGGUGUUGAAACACACACAUCGACACCCGCCAGAUACCCAGUGGGGGUGAAAGCACAUCAAUUCAAUAUAGGUCCAUCAAAACCCCCGUGGGUUUUUGGUACCGCGAAAUACAGCACUUGGUACCUCAAAUAAUAGUUAAUAAUUCAAGAUGGGAUGGUUUGGAGAUUUGCCUAUGGCGUCGGCCUUUGCGUAAGUAUCACCAAACUAGAAAACUACUCUUAAAGUGUCUAACGGUUUUUAGCAUCGUCUUAGGUUGUCUCAUCGCUGCUACUUUCAUCGCCGGUUUUAUCAAAGUUUGCUACAACAAGAGAAGGUAUAUAAAGAAUCCUAAGGACGUAGUAGGAGAUACUUACACAAUUUCAGACUCACCAAGCACGAAAAACUGGAUGAAUUGAAGCUCAAGGGAAAAGGACCAAAGGGUGCUGAUCAAGAGAUGUUAAACACGAGAGAAACAGACGAAGGUGAUCUCUUUGGGGUAAGAGCAUUGGAGGCUGGAUACUUUGGUGGUGUGGCCCAAUCGAGACCAAGUUCCCCAGCUGGAUCCCGUAUAAACUCUUAUGUCCUCACACCAAACGGAGAAAACUCAGCAAACAGUAUUACCUCAGACCUGCCACUUAGCCCUGGUAUCCAAGCGCCAAAAGCUACAAAGCCAAAGCCAUCACCUCUUCGACUUCAACCAACUGACCCGAAUUUCAGACCUCCAUCUGCCGGAGGAAAAAGCCCUUCCUAUAUGCCUCUCUCCGGUCUCUCGAAAUCCCCAUCAAGCGCUACUCAACAAGGUGCACCAGCACAAGACUGGGUUUCUCCGAUCGAUGCUCGUCUUGAACAAACUCCUCAACCCACCAGCCCAGCAAGUAUUGCAAGUUCUCAAAGACCCAAAUCCUAUUUGCCAAAAUUGAACUUCCCGGAAAACAAAGAGCCUGAUGUUGAUCCUGCCCCAGAAGCUUCUAAAGUGAAAGAAAGGGUAAUCGAGGUUCGUUCUCCAACAACAAGUAUUGCUCCAGGAUCGCCAAAUUCCACCUACCAGCAAUAUAUCCCCACUCGAGCCGGCAGAUCACCCGCGAGAUCUAUGUUCCCAACCGAAAGCCAUAGAGACCGAAGCUCCUCGAGAAACCGAGGUACCAAGGAAGACAGAAGCGAAAGUCCAGCAAGGGGAGCAAAGCAAUCGUCUCCUCUCGCCAUGGACAAUGACCAUUUGCCAGAACACAACCCAGAGUGGGAUAACGAACGACCCGUCAUCCGAGAUUCUAUCGUGAGCAAGAAAGGAGUAUCCGUCACUACACCAACCGAGACAACAUUUUUACAGGCCAAAAACUCCAACAGAAAAAGUGAUGCCUCAAGCGUAUACAGCACCACCAAUGGUGCAGACUGGAACGCACGCGAACAAGGUGCGAAAGUCAAAGAGGGAUCCCGUGGCCGUACCAAUUCUAACUCACCCAGCCGCUCCCGUUCUAGAUCGAAGUCACUAGCAGGUGCCCGCAACUCUAUCCGUCAAUCCUCUCAUCAGCGCAACGACUCUUCCAAGUCCUCUCACCGAAUCAGCCGUGAUCGCGAUCAGAUCCAUUACGACCCGACACCCCAAAGCCGCAAUAGAAGUGGCUCCGUUCAUGGACGAGCCGUAGACUUCAACCAACCUCGAGCAUCACCAUUCUCAAAAGCUACCGCUACCCCACCAUCCCAUUCGCACUCAACCUCAGUCACCUCAUUCGGCCCCAGGAAACCUUCGCUUGGACUAGGCUUGCUAUCUGCAGCACCACCUGCUACCCAAGACAAGGAUCGCUUAAGCGUGAUGUCAACCGCCAGAGGACGUUCGGAUUCCGAUGCCUCGCAAGCAAGCAUGGGCGACUUCUAUGACGCUUAUUACCGACAAUCCACCAUUUCCCAUCGUGCUUCGGCCUACCAACCUGCGCGCCCAGAGUCGUUCACAGCCGAUUUGAGCAACCAAAGUGUUAUUGACAACGGCUUCAAUUUCGAUCUUGGCGUCACGCGAAAGGCACCUCCUCCUUCCUUAGGCCUGAAGCUUUUGGACGUUGGAGAGACCAUUGUCGAGGUACCCAGUCCUGAUCCUACCGCCAGCGAAAGAUUUCCAUCCCGGGUUUAGAAUUUAUUUGAAGAAGAUGAAAAAGAACAAGAAAAGCUUGGAAGAUGAAGCAUGAGGUUAACGGUGAACGUAAUGGCAAUGAUAGAUGUGGGGGGGAACGGAUGGAAGAUUGGGAAUCAUGCGGAGUUUAUAUAUAAAGGAAGUCAACUUUUUGUGUAUUGUUUAUUUUCAUUUUUGUUGGGUGGGAAUUUUCAAAAAUUUCAUAACAGUUACGAUAUCACCACCAGUCUCACGAGACAUCGUUUUCAUUUUUUGUUUCUUGUUUUUCCUGUUUUUUUUGAGCGGUUGCAUUCACUCGCAUUUUGAGUUCUUGUUCUUGCUCAGCCUUGUUGUUUUGUUGUUGUUGUUGUUGUUGCAGCCUGAUGCGGCGCAUUUCUUGGGCAAAUUUAAGAGCGGAUAUCCUAUCUCAUGAUUUUCAUAUCACUUUUUUUUAAUGUAAUAUAUAGAAACCGAACGUUUCCGUCAUCUGAGUACCGCGGUGAUACUCGAUGGACAGUGUAUAAAAGUUGUCCUGUGAUCC